UGACUGUCCCCCAUACAUUACUUUUGAUGUACUAUAUUGUGCAUGUGACUCCAUAUAAUAUGUAUCUACCUUAGAGAAAUACACCUUUGGGCUGUUGGGUAAUGUAGGGUCUAAAACUGGCUAUUGAUUAUUAUCCCUGGGAGCGUAUAGGAGCUUGUUGUUGCACAUGGGGGUGUAAUGCGCAUCACUGUUGUAAGAUACAAGAUUACUUAAGGAAAUGUGGAUGCAAACAGUAACCAGUAAAUUAAUUAAUUGUAUUACGGACAGAUUUGUGUGAUUCCAAAUUGCUGUAGUGUGUUGGCUAAGCUAUGGUUAUCACCAGACCAGAUGUUUAAUUAUUAAUGACAAGAGAUACAGCAUACAAUGUAGGUUUCUGUUGUCAUAAAUCAACUUCAUUCUCUGGUUCCUCUGAUCUAGCACACCAUACUGAUGAUGCUAUAAUUCUUUUCCACUGACGUGUACUCAAGGGUUUCCCACUGGAAUCUCGACAUGACCAAUACAGCAACUAAAUGGAUAUUAGUAGGUGUGGGCCACUAUUUGCUCAACUACCUCCAGAGAUACAGAAUCUGGAAACAGUGAGAGCUCUCCAUCAGACAGUAGUAUCUCUUCGUGUUGCCUUGGACAAUACCCGUGCGGAGCUAAAGCUGCUUCGAGACAAAGUUCAGACUCACGUUGACACUAACUUGUAUGUUGACACCAUUGAGAAACUGUCUCUUGAAAAUCACAUUUUACGACAAAGAGUUCUUAGCAAAGACACAGUGCCAGGAUAUGUAGGUCAGCUUAAAGAAGUUUUGGCUAAAGCAGAAUUAGAGGGAAUAGAAAUUGAUACUGAAUACAUGGAUCCAGUUAAAUGUGAAGAAGUUAAGGAUCCUCAGAAGGUAGUAAAUGAUGGUACUGUGGAAGAAAUUGAAACAUCUGUACAGCUAGGAGAGGAUCAGUCAGAAAAAGAGAAAGGUGAUUCACAAGAAAAAUCUGAUUACAGAGAACCAAACAUGAGGUCUAUGUCAGAGGAAGAUCAAUCAUUUUGCAGUGAAACAAGUCAGCAAGAGGUUGGAACACCUCGAGAAAGCAAGACAGCAGGAGAGUCAGAUAAUGAGUCAGAAGAACUGGAUGACAUUGAACUCAUUUUUACUACUGAAGAAACCAAAGAAUUGGGUGUUCUGCAAGAAGACUUGGUAUCUAUCACAGAUACAGAAGCAUGGCAACCCAGUGGAACACCAGUUCUCCUCAAGUUUGCUGAAACAGAUCAGUUUGAUGAGGCAACAGAAGAUGCUUUGGAGGGUGAUGGAGGAGACAAAAUGAUUGGAGAUGAAAAUGAUGAUGUUAAUGACAAAAUUCAGUCUAAUUUAUCUAAGAUGUGGAUGCAAUCUGUGUUAGUUGAAACAGAUAUUUCAAAGUGUGGCGUUGUAGAUGAAAGUGAAAUUCCUGGUCGGGUGUCACGUAGAAAUACGAUGCCAAAUCCUUUGGUUUACCAACCUAUCAUCCAUAGAGAAGUUCUCAAAGGAAGUAAGAGUCAACUUCUGGGACCAGCUCUAACCAGUCCAAGACCACUAGUUGUCAAGUUUGCCACUUCUCCAGCAGGACAGAGUCCUAAGAAUGGGAAACAGGAAUACAGAAAGUUUCCCAUGAAACCAAUUCUUGUAGAAAGGAAUUCAUCCAAGCGGGAGUCAGAGGCACAAACUGACAUUACAGCUCUUCCUGCUCACUGGAAAUCUGAAAGUUACCUAGCACACAAAGUGUGCCACAACUUCACCACUCUACCAUCCAAAUUUGCUUUACCUAUGCAGCAGACAACACACAGUAAAUGCUCACUCAAAUUAUCAGACAAGACUCAGGAAGCUAGACGCACCCUUUUGUCAGAUAUUAAUUUCACUAGCAUGGUCCCAGAACUUUCUCGAAGUGCAGAUCAUUUGAGUCAAGAGGGUGUAGAACCAGUUAGUUCAGAUCAAGUUACUAAUGUUGCUCCAGGGUUAUGCAGGAAUUAUCCCCGAGCUUAUUCAUAUAUGAAAAAUACAGAAAUGGGUCACAUGGCUGAUAAUCUAGUGUCUCCUGGAUACCUACAUUCCAGAGAAUAUGGCAAAGAUUUUUGGUCAUUAUGCAGCUGUACACAUAAUAAUCUAAUGCAAUAUGGAGGUAUGACAAACAAAGCUCAUACGGAAUGUUAUUCUAGUAUACCACGGUAUCAGGGAUCCUUGACAUGUAUUCCUGCACAUGCGUCAUACGAGUAUUCUGAUGCGCGGAGGAGACAUUCCUGGAAGCCCUCACCAGAGAUGUAUCGCAGUAGUUCCAUGACUCAGAGACCAACUUGGGGUUCAGUACCUUCGUCCCCAACCCAUAGUCAUCUAUCACGAAGUAUUCAGUUUUCACCAUCAUAUACAACUCCUCACUCAGAUGUGAAUCUCUACUCUGCCAGCUACUGGGCAGCUGCACGUGAUGCUCAAUACUCUGGAUUAUCAAGUACCAAGAGUACAAAGUUACCCACUACCAAAAGCAGGGCUAGGAACAGAGUCACCUUCCAAGUGUCUUCCUUUCAACGCCCACGCCAUCCUGGACAGUCACUUCCGGAUCUCAGAUCAGACUUUGAAUUGGACAGUGGAGAUUCAACAGACUCGCUCAUUGAUGAGGCUGAAGAAUACCUACGUCGUUCUAUUGAUUCAAUACUUACAGGAACGGAUUGGGCACGAGCUGGACGGUGCAGGCAGAACCGCAAGCUUUCAGAUCCUGUUCGAGAGUUUUUGCCACCACAGUCUGCUCAGCCAUUUUUACCCAAAAUUCCUCGUGAUCUCAAACUUGAGUACUUCGUGAAAGUGAUCACAAGUGAGGGAAGAGUAAUGGUUGGACGUGUCCGAUAUGUUGGCUUAGUUUCUGGCAAAGCUGAACCCCAUGUUGGUGUUGAACUACCACAAGAUAUGGGAGAUUCAGAUGGUGUUUUUCAAGGCCGUAGGUAUUUUGAUUGUGAUCCGGACCGGGCAGUGUUUGUUCCCUUCAAGAAAGUGGUCAUGGCCUGGAGCAUCUGAGUCUCAGUGCUGACGCUCAACAC